AUGUCAGAGCCUCCAGCAGCCCAGCCCUCCCAGAGAAGAGCCCGCGCCUCCAGGGCCCAGGAAGGGAGGAUUAGGCGCGGCCCGGGAUCCCGCUGGGACUGGACUCCAAGCGCUAACCCACACCAGGAUCCCAAUCCGCGCGCUGGCUGCACAGCGGGUCAAAGGCAGCGGGACUCAGCGGAUUCAGCGUGUUGCAGGGGCCGUGGGCACGGGCGCCCCCUGGAGGCCGAGGGGCCCCCAAGCUCGGGGAAGAGGCCUUGGGCACCCCCUAUCCGGCAGUGCCGACCCUGCACUCCCGGCAUUCGGGCAGCUAAGUUGGUGCCUGGAGUCUCCGUCCACGCCCAGCGAGUACUCCGCCACUCCCGCCGCCAAGACAGUGGGUCCCGCAGCCUCCACUCUUCUCGUGUGAGAUGGGACCGGAGGGCGGAGAGGGGACGCGGAAGCUCCUGUCUCGCCAGCCACAAUCAGCACCCAGGGUUCAGGCGGGUUCCUCUUCUGGGGCUGGGCAGACUCAGAUGCCUGGGGGCGGGGGAGGCGGGGGCUUCAUCUCUGCUUCUGGGCUGCAGAUUCGAGAUUGCCCUAAACCCUCUGACCCGGCCUGUCCUAGCCUCUCACUGCCCUUCUUUCUGCCUCUUGUUCGGGCGGUCUGUCUGCUUCCUCUCUCUGGGUAUGUCCAUCUCUCUCUUCCUUAUCAUUCUGGCUGUGUCUGUCUGCUCUCUUUCUUGCUGCCUUCCCUACCUGGCUUUGUCCCUCUGCAUCGGUUUCUCUGUGUCUCUCUGUGUCUCGCUCCCUCCCUUCACAUCUCUCCAUCUAACUGUGUCUCUCUUUACUAAUGCCUCUCUUUGUCUCUGUCUUUAUUUCUGUCUCUCCCCGACCCCAUUCCCCAGCUCUAUUCCUAUUCUCUGGGUUGCUACUUCUGGGGACUGCAGCAGCCCAACAGGGCAGCCCGGGGACGCCUCGGGGCACUGCCCAGGGUUCUCCUCCUCAGUGCCCAGGGUCCUCCUCCUCAGUGCCCAGGGUCCUCCUCCUGGUCACCUCCACAUGCCCGUCACCUCCGCGCAGCGUUGGUCUUCCCGCCGCGGCUGUGGGACGUGGAGGGGCGCCCGGGAGGGAAGACACAGGGCCCAGCAUCUGCUCGGGAGCCCCGGGGCCCCUGACCCCCUCUGCCAUUAUUAAGGGUGCCGGUUCCCGAGGCACCGAGAUGAUCAUGAUUGCAUCAGCCAGACAGAAGCGAAGCCGGGAGCUGCGCGGUGAGCGAGCAAGUGAGACAAAGACGCCCGCGCCAUCUGUUUAUGCAAAGCGCUCUCCGCCGGGCACCCCGGCGUCCGGCUCCUGGCCGGGCUUGGGGCAAGGGUCAUAAGCCCAUUCCCACCAGGCUCCCCCACCGCGCCUUGGCUUCCCCUCUCCUCAGCACCCAGAGGGGCCGCGGGGCGAGCGGAACGGAGAAGGGGCGGGGGUAUUGAUGUGAUUGGAGCGGACGCGGCUGUUUCUUCAAUAAUGGAUGGAGAUGAUGCGGACGGCGAAGCCGAGCUGGCCGGGAGAGGAGAGAGGAAUAGAAAUGGGGAAAGGAAGGAGUGGGGGCGGGAGACUCUCUCCGGCGCGCGCGCGCGUGCGCACGUGCGUCACACUGUCAUUCGGAUACACGCCGCCGCGCGGCUCACACCCAGGCACACGCCCACGCAUUGUCACCGAGACACACAUACCUGCAGGCGGAGACGCGAUAGCAACACACACUCCCCGCUGGCUCUUCCUGAUUUUCACACAUACCUGCAGGCGGAGACGCACGGAAACGCCCCCACGCGGAGGCACAUCCGGGCAAAAUCACUCAGAUGGGAGCUGGGGAGCGGGAAGUGGACAAACCCGACAGAUAUAGACACACUCGGGGCACAGACACACACCCGGACACAGAGUCGGACACACCUGGGGCUCAGGUGGACACACCUCACAUACCCAGGGAACAAACGGACACACACAAACCACACGCCGGGGAUACAGACGUCCAUAAUUGCCUGGGGCACGGAGAGACCACCCACACCCACUCAGAGGCUAGCACACCUUAGUAUAUGCAAGAGUUGCCAUCUGUGCCCUGCAGGGUGGAAUGUGGCAGGGAGGUCCUCAGGGUCUCCGGAGCAGGCCUCGUUAACCUAGCAGUAUAAUGAAGUCUUGGUGACAGGAGGCGCCUGGGGCUGUGGACUAAGAGGCCCGUGCGCCAGGGCUUAGCUGCCUGCAAGCUUCCUUGACUGGCCCCUAGGGAGCGUGGUGUCGAUGUUGGGCCGCCCCUGAGCAGCAGACCCGGGGGACCCCACAGACCCAAAUCGGGCAGUUUGGUGGAGGGAGAACCCAAAGGGAACAUUGGAGCUGCACCAGAAGAUUCUCAGGAUCCCCAACACGGCUGCCAGUGGGGUUUAUAGAGAGGGUCACUCUGUACUCUGCCCUUUCCCCCCGUGCUGCCCAGUCUUCCAACUUCAAGGGGCACGUGUGUGUGUGUGUGUGUGUGUGUGCGCGCGCGCGCUGAGUGGGCAGUGGAGGAGGUGGGGUGCGGGUUGUCUUGUACCCCAGUACCGGCCCUUCCUCGGAUCUGUUUUCAAUUCAUUCUGCUCCUUGGCCCAGACUUAUGACCUUUGCAGCGUGCGGCAGUAUCAUCCAUCACCUAGGCGCCGCUUACGGGGAUGAAGGGCGCUGGGAGCUCACACAGGGUCGCUGUCACGCCUACCGCGCUCUCUGGGGACCUGCUCUCUGGCCCUCAGGCCAGGGCUUAACAGUCUUGGCAUCCGGGACCGUCAAGGGCAAAGGGAACAGAAAACUGAACUCGGUCCUGCAGUCUUCUUGUGUGCUUCCCUACCCCCAUCACACCUCAGCCUUCUGGAAGGGGGGCGCGCCUGUCCCAGGCCCUCCUCCCAGCUGAGUCUCGGCCCUCCCCCCGCCAGCAGCAGAUGGUGCCCGGGCUCCCGCUGCCAACCUUGCUAGGCGGUGCCAACCUCAGUCCUGGCAGACAACGGGCAGACGAGAAGAGGAGCUCCUGGCUGGCCAAGCCGACCCUCCCCCACCCGGCAUCGAGCUCAAGACCCCCCCCACACGCUUGCCCCACUCCAGCGACCACUUCAGCCUCCCUCUCACUGGGUCCGCUCCCAGGUCCCCAAACUCCUCGUCUCCUUCUGCUCCCUUCCCCACACCUUCCCGCUCUUCGCCACCUGCCGCCCUGACCAGGGCCGGCGCAUUUGCAUAUUUGCAUAUGCAAAUAAUAACAUUUGCAUACGGCGCUCCGCAGGGGGUCUCCGCGAGAGCCGGUUAGCUGUCUGCCCUCCGUCCUCACUCGGAACCUGUCGGAAAGGGUUAGGGCAGGGGCCGCGUGGGAGGGGUUAGGCCCCCGGCCUAGCUAGCUCGGUUCCCGGAGGACUUGAGGAAGUGUUGCCAUGGAGACGGCACGCACCCCACCCCCUCCCAGGCCCAGGGUCUCGGGCUUGGUGUCUCUGGUUCUCUCCCCUUACCCACCCUCUACCCCCUCCCAUCCCUCGCUCUCCAACCGAGAUCUUGCAUCGCCCCCUGGCGGCCUAACUCGGCGCCAAGCCAGAUUCGAAAUACAAGAGGCUGCCUGCGGCUAAAGAGCCAAGAGCAAGGGGGACUUUACCCUACUACAAGAACCGGCUCCCAGCCGCUGGGGCGCCGGGGCGGCGACUGCAGCCCCGCGCUCCCCUUUCUUCACUGACCACAGAGGCCUCACCUGGCGGGCGCACUUGUCUUCCCACCUCCCGCCAACCUCAGCCCAGAUGGGUCUCAGGUUACCCGAUGGUAACGAGGUCGGGCAGUUAGGGAGGAUUCUCCACCCCUCCGCAGGCCCUCUCCUCAACCCCAGUUAAAGAACAACUUUUCUAAGUUUUGUCAAAAGUUUAAUAAAACUUGCAACAUUC